UUCCCGUAGUCCCAUCUCACACACCUAAGUAGAGAGUUAAACAUUAUCCCAUUGCGGAAAACAACAGUGAGAAUCGAGUUCAGACAAUGGAGACCACUUUCCCUGUCAUUGACUUCUCCAAACUAGACGGUGAGGAGAGAGGAGCCACCAUGGAAAUGAUCAAAGAUGCCUGUGAGAAUUGGGGUUUCUUUGAGCUGAUGAACCAUGGGAUAUCUCAUGAGCUGUUGGACACCGUGGAGAGGCUGACAAAGGAGCACUACAGAAAGUGCAUGGAGCAGAGGUUCAAAGAAAUGGUGGCGAGUAAGGGUCUUGAGGCUGUUCAAUUUGAGAUCAAUGAUUUGGAUUGGGAAAGCACCUUCUUCUUGCGCCACUUGCCUGAAUCAAACAUAUCCGAAAUCCCUGAUCUUGAAGAAGAAUACAGAAAGGUAAUGAAGGAGUUUGCAGUGGAGUUGGAGAAGUUGGCAGAGCAACUUUUGGACCUGUUGUGUGAGAAUCUUGGGUUGGAGAAGGGGUACCUGAAAAAAGUCUUUUAUGGGUCCAGAGGGCCAACCUUUGGCACCAAGGUCAGCAACUACCCUCCAUGCCCUAAGCCAGACCUUAUCAAGGGCCUCAGGGCUCACACAGAUGCUGGUGGCAUCAUCUUACUCUUCCAAGAUGACAAGGUCAGCGGCCUUCAGCUCCUCAAGGAUGACCAGUGGAUCGAUGUUCCUCCGAUGAAACACUCCAUUGUGAUCAACCUUGGUGACCAACUUGAGGUGAUCACCAAUGGCAAGUAUAAGAGUGUGUUGCAUCGUGUGAUCGCUCAAACAGAUGGUACAAGGAUGUCUAUUGCUUCCUUUUACAACCCGGGCAGUGAUGCUGUCAUAUAUCCAGCACCUGCUUUACUAGAGAAAGAAGCUGAGACAUCCCAGUUGUAUCCCAAAUUCGUGUUUGAGGACUACAUGAAGCUCUACGCUGGCCUCAAGUUCCAGGCCAAGGAGCCAAGGUUCGAAGCCAUGAAGACCAUGGUGUCAGCAGUUAAAUUGGGUCCUAUUGCAACUGUUUAAGUCCUUUCAGUGUGUGAAGAGAACAAAAAGCUUAGUAGUGUGUUUCUGUUAAUAAGUUUACUCUAUCAGUGUGGAGCUUAGUAGUUUAAACAAGCUUAAGGUUUGGAGUAAGAUAUCUCCUGUUAUGAUGCCUCGUGGCUGUGCUUUCAAUGAGAUGUUCCUGUUGUAGAAAGUAACCCAAAUUUAUCUGAUAUGCAAAAUUGUCCUUAAGAUUCUAUUUUGGCUUUA